UUUAUUCCAUACCCAAAGGACGGAGAUAUGAAUGAUUUACACUUUUAUUGACCGGCUGAUCUAAUAUUACUAAAGUCAUGGAACGAUGGGGCGCUUUUUUAUAAGUUCAUAAUAUUUUACCCACGAUAUGGAGAGUUCGCCAUGCGCUCCUUUGGGAACCGCUGCUGUUGGUAACUUUUAUACCAUGGAUUCAGGAGGGCUUUCAACAAGUUUUAGGGCUCGUUUAUCUUCUGGAACAUGAUUCGAAUUAAUUCUGCGAUUUUUUGAGGUAAUUACGCGAAGGCUGCAGGAUUUCUGAAGACGUUUGAAUAGGUUUUUUUGUCAUUUAUUUAUCGCACGAUCCGGAGAAGAUCUCGUCUACUCUUAUGGGAAUUAAACACUCCUCCCGCUGUUUGCUCCUCAGGAGAAAAAUGGCGGACACGGAAAGCACUGAGCAACAGCCCUUGAGUGCCGCCCCAUCCCAGUCGGUCCAGCCAUCUCCUCUGCCCAAACCAGUGUCAUCGGUCCAUCAUUCCCAGAGACCCACACACCCAUCCCACGCACCUCACACCCCUCACUCAGCCAGCUUACCCAGCUGCCCCGGCAGAGGAAAGAUGGCCAAGUUCCUCAACCCUGAUGAGAUGACCUCCAGGGAUUACUAUUUUGACUCAUACGCCCAUUUCGGCAUUCAUGAGGAAAUGCUUAAGGACGAAGUGAGGACGUUGACAUACAGGAACUCCAUGUACCAUAACAAACACAUCUUCAAGGACAAGAUCGUGUUGGACGUGGGGAGUGGUACUGGCAUCCUCUCCAUGUUUGCUGCCAAGGCCGGAGCCAAGCACGUGUAUGGGAUUGAAUGCUCAAGUAUAUCAGAAUACUCUGAGAAAAUCAUCAAGGCCAAUCACCUGGACAGUGUUAUAACCAUCUUUAAAGGGAAAGUGGAAGAGACAGAGCUGCCGGUAGAUCAGGUGGACAUUAUCAUCUCAGAGUGGAUGGGUUAUUGCCUUUUUUAUGAGUCCAUGCUCAACACAGUCAUCUACGCCAGAGAUAAAUGGCUGAAACCUGGAGGUCUGAUGUUCCCAGACAGGGCUGCUCUAUAUGUGGUGGCCAUUGAAGACAGACAGUACAAGGACUUCAAGAUUCACUGGUGGGAGAACGUUUAUGGUUUUGACAUGACCUGCAUCAGGAACGUAGCUAUGAAAGAACCACUGGUGGACAUCGUGGACUCAAAACAAGUGGUAUCCAAUGCCUGCCUGAUCAAGGAAGUGGACAUCUACACAGUGAAGCCAGAGGAACUGUCCUUCACCUCCUCGUUCUGUCUGCAGAUCCAGAGGAAUGAUUAUGUCCACGCUCUGGUCACCUACUUCAAUAUCGAAUUCACCAAGUGUCAUAAAAAGACUGGCUUCUCCACAGCACCAGAUGCCCCGUACACACACUGGAAGCAGACAGUGUUUUAUAUGGAGGAAUAUUUGACUGUGAAAAGAGGAGAGGAGAUAGUCGGAACGGUCAGCAUGAAGCCAAACGAGAAGAACGCACGUGAUCUGGACUUCAGCUUUGAGCUGGAUUUUAAAGGCCAGCUCUGUGAGGCUGCUAUCGCUCAUGACUAUAAGAUGCGCUAAGUAUCCAGCAGUGGUGAGAGACGGUUUGUGACAGUACUCAGAGAAGCAGAGGCAGGGGCUGCUCCGGAUCACAGCUACAGCCCUGUUGCUGGGAGGAGACAGAGACAGAGAGUAAGACCAGCACAGAAGUUGCUAUCUCUGGGAGUCUUGCCAAUGCUUUUGGAGCGAAAAGUGGCACUUCUAGCAAUAGCAGCCUUGCCUUCGCCGACUCUAGCCUACACUAAAACGCCAUCUCUCCGACUGUUCAGGGGCCAGCUAUGGCUGCAGCCCACUGCAAACAAAAGAUUGUCAUGCUCUUAUGAAUGUUCAGUGUUAGUUUAUGGUUACUUUGCUUUUAGAUUAGGAGUGUGAGGUAAGCUACUUAAUAUUGAAGGUUGUAAUUAAAAAUAUCUCAAUUUAAUAUCAUAUUACGAGAAUAACUCCACUCACAUAGUAAUAAUUUAUUUGCUGGACUUGAACAAUUUCAAUGCAGUAAAAUAAGUGAUCUCUUAAUUUAAAUCAGGUUUUAACAAAAUCCAGGUCAUUCUCAAAAAAUAGUAGUUUUUUGCACAAAAAAAUAAUAAAAUAAAAAUAAUAAUCCAUUGCU